GGUAACCCUAGGCCUGAACAUGUGACAAUUUGAUCCCAAUCAGUAUCGGUCCGGGUUAGGCGCAAUACAGCCUGCAUCGUUCCAACAUGUCGACUUUACAAGGCGAUGGCUUAUCGGCCCCAGGCGCCGUUGAACUGGAAGCAAGUCCGACAGCUGCAGACCGAAGCGGGGAGCACAGACCUGACCAGACCGGCGACGGCCAGGAGAUCGAGGAGCCGGACAAAGACCCCGCCACUGUAACGCAGAAUCCCACCAAUGCAGCCAGCACGAAGAUUUUCGGAACAAUGAAGAGACAGAAUCCUUCAAAUACCUCAGCUAAGAAAGGAAACGACGCGUACAAUUAUGAAGAAAAAUACCCCGAGGAUCCGAUUUAUGAAGAGACAGCACCUAGUGCAAGGGUUUGGAGAACGUACGAAGAUGAAAGCAGGAUUCACAAUGCCAACAUGGUCGAAGAGUCCCGAGAUAAUGUCGACGUCUUACUUGUCUUUGCGGGUCUUUUUUCAGCGGUCGUGUCCGCAUUUGCGGUCCAAACGUCGCAGAGCCUGCAGCCAGACUAUGCGGCCAUGUCGGCUUCUCUUCUCUAUGAAUCGGUUCUCGUUCAACGUGCUAUCGCCAACGGUUCCUCAGUCAACAGCAUUACUCCUUCUCCCCUCAAUCCCAACAUUGCUUUUGUUCCUGCCACCACGGACGUUUGGGUGAAUGGGCUCCGGUUCACGAGCCUAUUCCUAAGCCUGACAACUGCACUCGUUGCUGUUCUCGUGAAACAGUGACUGCACCAUUACGUUGCCCUCCCUUCGGGGACACCGCGCAACCGCAGUUUUACUCGUCAGUUCCGAUAUGCCGGGUUCCAAAAGUGGCACGUCCAGG